UCUCUCUCGGGUCAAAUCCACACCCUGUUGGAACCUUCGCGAUACUCUCCAGAUCCCUCUCUGCAAGAUUUGCAACCAAUUCGAGACAUUCUUCAAUAAAGUGAAAUCUUCAAAGGAGCCAAAAAGAUCAAUUUCUUCUUCUUCUUCCGAUACCUACUCAUCAGAUUACAGGGUUAGAAUAAAAACGGUUAAGAAUAGGAGAAAUGGAAGUCAAUACGGUGUCGGAGAAUGAGGCUGCUGCCGCCGCUGCCGCCGCCGCCGCACCGGCGUCAUAUAGAUAUUGGGUCAGGGAAUCGAAAGAAGACGCAGCGCCACUUCCAGUUCCUAAGAAACUUACACCUGAGGAUGUAUCCAACAACUCUCAGCCUCCUACCCAUCUGGGUUCCGUUUGGAACAGGGCAGGAACAUGGGAGGAGAAGAAUCUUAACAAAUGGGCAAGUGACAGGAUUAAGGAGUUGUUAAGCUCUAUAGGGUCCUUGGAAUUCUCUGAUGGGAAAGCUGAAAUAGAAGAAAUAACCAAAUGCUCUGGAGAUGCAUUUGUGGUUACUGUGCGGAACAAGAAACGCGCUGGUUACACUUAUGAAUUGUCAUUAAGAAUCAAAGGGGAAUGGCUUAUCAAGGAAGAGAAAAAGAGUGUGAAAGGAUAUAUUGAUGUUCCAGAGUUCUCAGUUGGUGAGCUCGACGACUUACAGAUUGAGACGAGAUUGAGCGAGGAGAAAGAUCUUAUUCAUCAAGAAAAGGUCAAAAUCAGUCAUGAUCUGAAGCUUUUCCUGCAGCCUCUUCGCGAGAAACUUCACCAAUUUGAACAAGAACUUAAAGAAAGGUGAAAAAGUGCAAUUCAAAUGUCACAAAAUCUGGAAAGCAGACUAAUUGAUAUUUGUGCAAUUGCAUUUUUUCUGCUUCUAGUUCUUAGCAGGAUAAUAUUUGUGUACUCUAUGAUCUAUUGUGUUUCCAUUGUUUCAAUCUUGAGACAAUUGUUUCUCACUGCUAUGACCGAAACAAAUACAUUCUAUUAAAGACUUUUUUUAGGCAUUUUUCUUUUGUUGGACAGAAAUUAAUAUACUAUUUAGUUGUGUUUUUA